CUCCUCUCACGACCCGUCCGCUACACCCACAAUUCCCCGCGCCAGGACAAGAUGGACGAAAGUAGCGACCGCCGGAGCACAGUAUUUUGGCAAUAAAACCCUAAAGUGACGAACACAGAGAUAAUAUAGGCAAGUUUGAAACCUACUGCGGUCAUGUGUUGGAUAUUCUUCUCCUGCAUUCCGCUUUAGAUUUAUUGCCCUCCUUCUUCCCUGCACAAAGCAAAACCACCACUAUGAGUAUUAUCCAAGACAAAUUAGGCAAUGAGUUUUUGCGCAACGGUGGUAUGGAUCCCAAUUUUGCACCAGGUAUGCUUAUGUUCAGCCACCUGCCGCCCGUCACCAGCUUUACACGGCUGGCGUCCCAGUCCGUUAUGGGCGAGCUUCCUCAGGAGAUGAUCCUGAAGAAAGAACGUGAUUCGCCCCCGGAACACCAUGGCGCCACUGCUGUGAACACCGGGGGCUUCCUCCAAAGCAUGGGCAUUAAGCAGGAGCGACUAAGCGAGCUGGAUUACCGUAUGCCCCUCUAUGGUGGGGGUGGAGGAGUAGGGGUGAACUGUGCUGGAGGGGUCCCGGGGAAGAGUGGUACUGACAUGCCGGACAUGUCUUUCGGCAACCACCACCACCAAAAUCACCAGAACAUGCUCCUGCAUGACCUCAGCCUCAGCAACGUUCGUUCUCUUGGUGAACCGAUGCAUGGAAGACCAGUUAAAGAGCCAAAAGAUUCCUCAGGUAGAAGAGGGCGGAGGAGCAAUGGGGAUGGACAGGGAGGCAAAGCACGAAGAAAACGCAACGAUGCUGCAAAGGCCAUGAUGUUGGAUGCAGAUGGAGUCUGCUUGUCUCCCAACUCAAAACCACAUAUCUGUGAGCACUGUAAUGCUGCCUUCCGCAGCUCCUACCACUUGCGCAGACAUGUGCUCAUUCACACAGAUCGCACAGGUGAGAGGCCUUUCCGCUGCAGUCAGUGUAACAUGAGUUUCAUCCAGAAGUAUCUCCUCCAGCGGCACGAGAAGAUCCACAGUGGAGAGAAGCCUUUUAGCUGUGACCAGUGUAACAUGCGUUUUAUCCAGAAGUACCAUAUGGAGCGACACAAGAGGACACACAGUGGCGAGAAGCCAUACCGCUGCGAUACCUGCCAGCAAUUUUUCUCAAGAACAGACCGGUUAUUGAAGCACAAACGAACUUGUGGAGAAGCCAUAAAGAAGGGCCUGGACCCAAGCAUGCUGGAACUCAGCGAAGCGGAACUAGGCCAGGGCAGCUAUUCACUCACUCAGGGAAACUCUACCACCUCGGGGCGCAAGAGGGCCAAGUCCAAAAACGGUGAUGGCGGUGAGCGCAAGAAGAAGAAGAAUGCUUCUGCAUCAGCAGCCUCGUCCUCUGGGGGAAUUGUCCGUGAACUGGGCCUGCAGGACUUCAGCAUGGAGCACCCCUCGGGCUCUGGCCCCUCCAUCCAGGGACGUACUCCCAAAUUGGUCUUUAAAAAAGCUGGCCGCAAAGGCCUGGACAAGGGCCUCCUCUCUCUGGAAGACAGUGCUGACGGACAAAAACGGUUGGGCCACAAGCCUGGCUCUAUGGAUCAUGUGGAGGUUUCCGACCUUGAUAACAUGGGUCUACUCCAGGGAGCCGGGGGAAACAAGCAGGGGCCCACCACCAGCAGCAACUACGAUGAUGCAAUGCAGUUUGUUAAGAAGCGGCGCUACCUCCAUGCUGUUCACAAUGACUAUGGAGCCGGCUCAUUGCACAUUGCAUCCCAGGGCAAUAGUGUCAUCCAGGGCUCCCUGGGGCCUGAACCCACGCUGGCCAUGCUGGACUCCUCUCCUUUGGAACUAAAGCACGACAAGUCGGGCAUUCCUGAUGAGGUACUGCAAAGCCUUUUAGACCAUUAUAGCCAUAAGCCAGAGGGGACGCACCACCAUGAUGUGACUUUCGACCUGUCAGACCACCCACACCACGUAGACCUCCAGCCAGCAGCCCCCGUAACACCUGAGCUGGAGGACGACUCUCCCAACGGUGGUGACAAGACAGCAGUGAUGAGCGAGUACUCGAAGUUUCUCCUGCAGGCCCUUGAGCGCACCAGCCAUAGUGGACCCUUCCCUAGCCUUGGCCCAACGGGGCCUUUCCCACUCCUGUCCAGCAGCUCCAGUCCUACGGGGCCCUUGUUCUCAGACAAACACGUGUACACCACAUCCCCAAUGGAUUGUGGCUACCCACCUGCUGUCUCCUCCCCCCUGCCCAUCGUCGCCCCUUCAUCAAACUCCUCCUCAUCCUCUUCCAAGUCCCACUAUGGCAUGCUCGUCGGCUCCCCCUCCCAGGCAGGCUACCACAUCAGCUUGGAACCCACUAGCCACCAGCAGCUGACUCCAUCUCAGGAGCUAACUGAGCAGUUGGAGAAGCAGCACUCCCCUGGCACCUUCAACCUACCUCCCCAGGACUUGACUCUCUCAGCAGAGGGCUCCAAGGGGCAGCAGCCCAAGGCCGGAGGGAGUGCUGCAACCGCCAACGGCUCCAACUACCCAGAUCUGUCCCCGCUGAACCCCCCUAAAGAAACCACGUAUCAGAUCGAGAACUUCGCCCAGGCCUUUGGUUCCCAGUUCAAGUCAGGGCGGGGGACCCCUCUGAGCUAUGGCAGUGAUCCUGGGACAGAGGUCGACCACCGAAUACGGACUCCAGUGUCAGAAUUCUCAGGGUAUACCAGUUUGUUAGCUGACGUCAGUGAGCCAGUGAGUACAGGAUCAAAAACCCAGACAAGCCAAAGUUUCAGAUAAGGGUCAAACGAGGUGAAUCCAGCAGGGGGCUGUUCUGUUACUGUCCAUACAGUCCCUAUACCCAUCCUAAUUUUGUUCUUGUAGCAAAGUUUUGUUUUUUUAUACACUGCCAUUAAAUGUUAAUACAAAAAUGACCAGGGAGGGUCUAUCAUGGCCUCAAAUGCAAUUUUUUUUAAUCUUCUAAUUAUGUGUUUCGUCGCUUCCUUUUUUUUUAUUUUUUUUUUUUAAGUAGUGAUUUUGAUAUGAACGUACCGUAGAUUUAAAUGUAAUUUAAAACAUUUAGAGGGUAGCUAUAAACUUGCUUGAUUUCUUUUUCUGAACUCUUGUGUUUUACCAAUCAUCAUCCCAUUGUAAAGUAACAAUGAAUAAUGUUGAUAAGUUCAAUAAUAACAAUUGUGGCAGGGAAAGGCCCAGAAUUCAAAUGGCAAAAAAAGUAUAUAUUGUCUGUUACAAAAAACGUAUUAACUCAGGAAAAAAGGCAAAAUUGUGUAAUAAGACUUUGUAUAAUGAGAUGCAAUUAGCACAGUUUUUACAGGUGUACUUUGAGACUACAAAGCUUUGAUUUACUGUUGUUGUUUUUUUUUAACUCGUCAGAACAACAAAUUACAAUACAUGAUCAUGUUUGGUUUCGACUGCAUGUAGCUUUGUUGAGAUUAUGGUACUGUUGUGUCAAUUGUGAAGACAUCACAUUUCUUUUGAGAGCCACAUGUACACGAGGUAGUAUGAAUUGUAGUGGAGUUCAGCCCACAGCAUGUUCUGAAGUGAAGAGGAUGUUAGAACAUAACUGGCUGUUCUGUAACCAUGCACUCCUCGGGUUGUGGCCAGUAGAACACACGCAGCUUAGACAAAGUUCGACCUAUUGCUGUUCUGGCUGUCUCAGAAAGCAAUGAACAUGAAUUUGUGAUCUUUUUAUCACGCUGUUGCUAAAGUGAUUGAGUUAUUUUAAACAAGUCACCACUUUUCUACUCCACUCCACGCUGUUCCUUUUUGUGUCAAUGGAAUCAAACAAGCACUUUUUUAAACAAAUCAUCAUUGGAAACAGCAACAACAACCCAUUCAAUUUGCAAUGUGAUAUGAUGAUUAUUAUUAUUUUUAAGAGGAGAAAACUGUGAACAAGGGAGGGAGGGAGGGAGGGAGGAAUGGGGGGGGGGGUUUGAUAGAGGUUGACUAGGCAUGAACAUGGGCAUCUAAAUGUAUUUUGUUGCUUUUAGAAGAAGCCGGGAGGGGGUAUUUUUUUUCUUUGUUGGGCGAUGUAAAAAGAUGAUUUGCCAUAAUUUUGUAAUACAAUAUUCUGAGAGUACCUCUUUGUAUUUAAGUGUUUGGAGAGACAGGCUGACAUGCUGGAACCCUUAUAUUUUUGAACCCAUGAGUAUGUUGGAUACAUACCCAAACCCUUUAAUUUAUUCUCCACCAGCCACGACACAACUCAGUAGCUGAUAUUUUUGGCAAGUAAUCACCACUCAAUCCUACUACUCGUGAUUAUUUUUUUUUUUACCCCACUGUUGUAGUGAUUGCAAGAAACUGCUUCAAUAAUACAGCUAAGAAACAGAAAAGUUAUCACCUCUCCCCCAAAAUCCAGCCCUGCACUCACAAGAAUGAACAAUGGCCUUCUUUGUCUUCCGUGGCUAAAGCCAUUCUAACCCGGCAGCCAGGGUUGAUAUUUAAUUUAGUUGAUUUCCUGUGAGACAACCCCCCCCCCUCCCCUUUCCCUAUGUCUGUGAGCUCCACAGCCAAGAGACUUUGAAGCUGCUCAGAUCACAGGGAACAAAGACUGACUGACCAGCCACCUCACUCAAAACACACACUAUGCUUUUAAAGGAGAGAGAGAGUGGGUGAGAGACUGCGAUUAAAAACAAAACAAAAAAAAGACAUGACGAUUGACCUAAAUAUACCUCAUAUCACUAAAGCGUAAGAAAGCAGGGACACGCGUUUCAUGUAUGUAGUGGAAAUAUUUGUAGUAUAGGUUUCGAUAUAUUGUAUAAUCAUUUAACACUGCCUGUGUUUACAAUUCUAGAGCAAAUGACCCGUCUAAAUGCAAAUGUAUUUUUGUUUUCUGUAAAAACAUCCACGCCAAGCAGUGUUGCAUUCUAGAUGCCUCAUAGAACAUUAAUUCUUCUCAUGUUAUAUCCCUUAUUUUUGUUACUUGCCAUAAUGUGUUUUGAUAUGAUCUCUAGAAGGAUAUUGUUUACAAAAAUGUACAAAAACACUAAAAAUGUGUGUUCUCAAUUUUUUUUUGAGUUUUUCUCCAGUAUGCAUGAUAAAGACAUUUUUUUGUAUGGCUUUUUUUCUGACUGUCACCUCAAUACCAAAUUUUGUAGCAGAAGCCUCCCCAUUCCUUUGUCUUAUAUGUUCUAGACCCCUUGUGAUAUGAUUUCCCAGGCUGUACCUGUUAUUGAGAUGAUGAACGGAUUAGAGAAGCCAAUAAAAACUUUUUGUUACAAAAAAG